AUCAAGUAACCAUGAAUUUAUGGCCUUAAAUUUGGAUCGUCAGAAAGUAGGGACUAGGGAGUAAUCAAUAUCCUUAUUGCCAUCUCUUCCUGUGAUCGACAAUUAAUUAGGAGUCUUGCAGGCAUUCAGUUAGAGCUAAAAAGAAAUAUUCCCAGUGUCGAAGGAACCAGCAUGGUUGAAACUCCACGUAAAGGAAAGAGGCUUGUGAAAAAAAAUAUUGGCUGUACAAGAUCAGUACUCUUAGAAUCUGAUCAAGAAUGCCACCCAAUCAGAUUCACAGUAUCCGUAAUGCAUGACAGGGUCACAAUCCUUUUUUAUGAUUCUAAUGACGAGUUGGACACUGGAAGAGGAAUCCGAGAUGAGGAAUUUUGCCAUGUGGUCAUAAAUACUAUUAUCCUUGUACUGAAAAUUGGGCUGAUCAGCUGGUUUCAAAUCUUAAUUUGUCAGCCUUCCCAUGAUUUUUUGCUGUGGCCCAGUUGAGAGAGCUGACAUUGCAGGAGGAAAAUGCUGCAUCUCAAACUGAACGCAUCAAACUAACAUAGAGGAGAAAAUUGAGGAAGCAGAUUUACUUAGCGUGAAAUUAAAGCAGGAAAUGGAGGACACUGAACAGAAUUUGGGAGAUGAACUGGAAAAUGCACAAAAGACACUGAAUGCCAGUCAAUCUCGCAGAUCAGAUGGCGACUCCAAAACAACCGCUGAAACUGGAGAUGGCAUAGCAUCAUCAAAGAAAGCUAUACUAGACAAGUUAGAGGAGGGGAAAAUAGAUUUCGUUGAGUUCAAUGGAAGUAGUAGUUCAAGAUUUAGAGAAAAAAUAGGGAGCAAAGAUAAUCCACUGAGCCAGCCUUUUCCAGCUCUGGAUAAACAGUAUCACAGCCUUAUUGAGCAGCUCGGAAGCAAAACAGGCACAAGCAGAAGGCGUAGUUGGUGAAAUUCAUUUGAAAGAGAUGGAGCUAGAAAGAUUAAAUGGAUUGUGGAGGAAGCUCGAAAGCAGCAACAAUGAGAUGAUUGCUGCUAGAAAUCAGUUUAGACAAAGUUACAUCUGAAAGAGACAAUAUCCUUGAAGCUCAUCACAAAUAUGCUUGUCACCGAAGAGAGAUUCAGCAGAGGCUCACGCUGCUCAGGUCGAUGUUUGUGCUCUUAGUCUUCAUCAGAAUCUCAUUUUGAAGAGUAGUUCCAUGAAUCCUACAUUGCCAAAUUCUGUUUCUGUGCCAAAAUUUGAUCCGUCUUGUAUUGUGAAAACGGGUAAGAAAUGUAAACAAGGGAGAGGAUGGAAAAUCUUUCGUUGUUUGAAUAUUGACGUUGUAUGAAACAUCUUAUAUAUAAGUAUGAAGCAGCUUUGACUUGUUAACAAAGUUUUGGUU